AUGGCCGCCAAACUGAUCCUCCCGCUGCUAAGCGCAUCCGUCUUCUACUGCAUCUUCUACUAUGCAGAUAUCACUGGUCUGCGCGCUCUAGGCGACAAGCUCGUUGCGGCGAAGACACUCCCGGGCGUCGAUGCCCCUCUACGCACCGUCUACACUGGCGUCGAGCCAGUUGACCAUCUGUUAAGCGUGCUGACGACGUUCUUCUGGCCCACCACCGACGGAAGCAAUCCCUCGCUGCUGCUACACUCUAUCGCCUUUUCUGGGACAUUCGGCUCCGCAUGGAUUCUAGUCUGCCUCGAAGCCUGGAGACGGGGCAAUGCCUGGGGUCUUGCUGCGUUCCCCAUGAUUUUCGGUCUCACCGCGCAAGUCCUGACAUUUGCCUUCGCGACCCCCCUGUACGCCGCAGUCCAGGUGUACACCUCUGUGACAGCGCGCAAACCCAACCCAGACAACAUCCGGGUCCCUCGCGCGGUCCUCAACGCAAUGCCCUUCGUCUUCGUCCUCGGCUACAUGGUGCCGACGAACCUGCUCAUCGUCCCGCUUUCCGAGACCAUGACUAUCGACCUGAAGCAGAUCUGCAUCGCCAUCUGGCAGCCGUGGCCAGCGUACGUCUCCAUCCUGCUGACAAUCGCACACAUCGUCUUCAGCCCCUUCGUCAGCAAUGACCGCAACCCAGAAGGCGGCCGCGCAACGCUCCGCGCCCUGCGCCGCGUGUACGCCUUCGCCUUUGCGAACGCCGCGCUCACGCAUCUGAUCAGCUGGACCGUGUCGCUGGCUACGCUGGCGGUCCCUGCCAUGUUCGACGAGCGGUUCUUGGGCCCGUUGCAUCCGGCCAAGGUGUUUGAGGUGCCUCUGCCUUGGGCGACACCUGUGCCGCAGGUGCGGGAUAUCGGAGAGGGGGUUCAUGCGUUCUUGCGGUGGGAUUAUAUUAUUGGGUCGGCUGGUGUGCUGGUUUGGGCUGUUAGUCUGUACAGAGCGGCGCAUAGGGUUGUGUAUGGUAAGGUGGGGUGUUUUGGACUGGUGGUUAAGACUGCGCUGUUGACGGUUCUUGCUGGUCCUACCGGCGCCGCGGUGGAGUUGAUGUGGGAGCGUGAUGAGCUGGUGUUUAAUGAGAUGGGUGGGGUGAAGAGGGAGGCUCCUAAGGCGAAGAAGGCGUCUUAA